ACAUUUACAUUCACAUGACGUGUAUAAUAUGGCAUAGCGAUGAAAGAAAAUUUUACAAGAUUGCAAGUUGAUAAUUAUAGUCCAACGUAGGCUCUCUUAUCAAUAAAAUGUUAGCUGAAUACCCAGCAAUUGUCGACUACGACUUCUCCCCAAUUCCAAGCCCCCUCUUUGGUGAGGAUGAUAGUUUCCUCUCAUGUUUCCAUGGUGAUGUUGAGAGGGAAGUGACGUUCAGCCUUGCCCAUGGGUUGGAUCCCUCUACCUUACUGAAUGAAGAAGAAGAUGACGUGAGUUCCAUCUCUCCUAGCAUUCACUGCUCAGAGACCCUCGAAGAUCAUGAUGACCUACCCUACCAACUAAUGGAUUCUACCGAUCCCCAUGCAGGGAUUAGUCCACCAACCAACCAGGACUAUCCCAUUCACAACCAAGGGGUGGAUGAUGAAGAUGAUGCUGAAUUGGAGGGACUCUUUGGAAGCGUUGAUUACCUGAACAGUGGCUACCUUGAUCCAGUGCAAGAGCCUGUAGCGCUGGAUGUUCAUGAUGUUCUCCCCGCAGUAGAAGAAGAUUUCGAUCUCGGAGGCACAGAGGAGGUCGAAGACUCCAGGUCAAAGGUCACAGAUCAGUGUAUACCGUCAGCAUCGUCGACACCGCGGAAGAGGAAAAAGAAGAAAAAGGAAGAUAAGGGCUGGAGUGAGAUGGAUGCAGAAGAGAAGGAAGAAGUUGCUGAGCACCUGUCUUCAGUGCUACAAUCCCUCCUUGGUCCACGAGAACGGUUAGAGGUCAUGGCUAUGUUCUCACAAGACAUGCUCAAUGAAAGGAAUUUAGUAAUAGAAUCUCAUAUGUUGAAUGAGUCAACGCUAGCAAAGCUUGAGACCUACCUCGAGCAACAGGAGGUAACCGGAGAGGCCAGCGACUCCGAACUCAUCUCAGAACCAGAGAGGAUGCGAAGCUAUGGCAACACAACCAAGAGAAAGUGCUCCAGUCUGCCUGCAUCACCGCAGCAUAGAGGGAGCUUUUCUGAAAAGACGCCCUCUUUAGAUGUCAAGAAGCGAUCUGGUCCACGGAAGUCUCUACGCGGCUGGAAACGAAGAACUCGUAAAGAUUACCGACAAGCCUCUAAGGAGAGGAGAAGUGGACUGUUCAAGAAGGAAGAGGUCAUCUCAUUAUCACAGAGUAUAGGAGAGGAGGAAGAAGAUACAGGAGAAGAAAUUGAUAUAUUAGCCUAGCAACUUAGAUAUAACUUCUAGAUUAUACAGCCAUAUACAGUCAAACCUGUCUAUAGUGACUGCCCAAGGGAAAUACAAAAAGUAGUCUUUGUAGACA